AUGCAAUUCAUUGCAGGACACACUCAACCAGUUGGUCAGUCAAUUCAGCAGCAAAACGCAAAUACGCAGGGACAAGGUGUCCUACAAACGCAUCAUGACCUACAACAGCGACAACAACAACAGCAGCAGCAGCAGCAUCACCAUCAACAGCUUUUGUCAUCUCAAUUGCCUCAGAAGUCUCUGGUAUCCAAGGGUAAAUAUACGCUACAUGACUUCCAGAUCAUGAGGACGCUUGGCACUGGGUCUUUUGGUAGAGUUCACCUGGUGCGUUCUGUUCACAAUGGACGGUAUUAUGCUAUAAAAGUUCUAAAAAAACAACAAGUUGUGAAAAUGAAGCAGGUGGAGCAUACUAACGAUGAACGACGUAUGCUAAAGCUUGUGGAACAUCCAUUUCUAAUUAGAAUGUGGGGGACGUUUCAAGACGCUAAAAAUAUCUUUAUGGUGAUGGAUUAUAUUGAAGGUGGUGAACUCUUUUCAUUAUUGAGGAAGUCUCAAAGAUUUCCUAAUCCUGUAGCAAAAUUUUAUGCCGCAGAGGUCAUUUUGGCAUUGGAAUAUUUGCAUGCUCACAAUAUUAUUUAUAGGGAUUUGAAGCCAGAGAACAUCUUGUUGGAUAGAAAUGGCCAUAUCAAGAUAACCGAUUUUGGGUUUGCUAAAGAAGUGCAAACAGUUACAUGGACUCUUUGUGGGACUCCGGACUAUAUUGCUCCCGAAGUUAUUACCACAAAGCCAUACAAUAAAUCUGUGGAUUGGUGGUCACUAGGUGUUCUAAUCUACGAAAUGCUAGCUGGUUAUACACCCUUCUAUGAUACAACGCCGAUGAAGACAUAUGAAAAGAUUUUACAAGGAAAGGUAAUAUAUCCACCAUAUUUCCAUCCCGAUGUCGUGGAUUUACUAAGUAAACUGAUCACUGCAGAUUUAACAAGGAGAAUCGGUAAUUUGCAAAGUGGCUCUAGGGAUAUCAAAGCCCAUCCGUGGUUCAGUGAAGUGGUCUGGGAAAGGCUAUUGGCAAAGGACAUUGAAACGCCAUACGAGCCUCCUAUUACAUCGGGUAUCGGUGACACUUCUUUAUUUGAUCAGUAUCCCGAAGAACAAUUAGAUUACGGUAUCCAAGGUGAUGAUCCAUAUGCAGAAUACUUUCAAGAUUUUUAA